AUGAAUUCCAACUACGGUCAGUCCAACACGCACAAAUCCCCCUCCGUUUCCCUCAACAACUUCAAUUUUGAUUUCGAUCUGGGCAUCGGAUCCAACCGUCCCAAAUCUCUCAACGACCAGAAAAACCCCAACCCUUCCUAUUCCACAACCACCACUUCCUAUUCCUAUUCCCACUCCUCCGCCCAACCCAACAAACAACCCUCAUGGACCCACCAACCCGCUCCCAAUCAGACCACCGCCCUUCCUGGUGGCCCCCCCUCCAUGGUCGGAGACAUCUUCGGUAAGAGCUGGGGAACCACUCAACCUUCUCCCGCUUCCAAAAACGUUGGGAUCGUUAAUAAGAACCCUAAUCUCUUUGGAGAUUUGGUAAGUUCUGCUUUGGGCCAGGGUUCCAAGUCUUCUUCUACCAAUGUUCCUCUCAAAAACGCCACUCCCACCCCCAAUAAAACCUCCUUUUCUAUGGGAAACAUGGUUGAUUCUUUGCCCAAAACUGGUGCCGCGCCACAGAGCAGUGCUAGUUGGGCUUCGCCUUCUGGGGGGUUUAGCGUGAAUGCUAACAAAACCCCCGACCUUGGGGGUACUUCAAUGCGAAACGUGGGUAGUGGAAUCGGAAGCAGUUCUAAUAACAAGGAUCCGUUUAGUUCUUUGUCUGGUUUUGGAUUCAAGCAAUCUGCUCCUCUUAAUUCGGCUGCCAAAGGGCCAAAGGUUGAUUCUCGGGAUGAUGGUUUUGGAGUUUUUCAAAAUGCUUCCAAAUCGAGCUCGGAUGGUUUUGGAGAUUUUCAAAAUGCUUCAAAACCGAGCUCGGAUGGUUUUGGAGAUUUUCAAAAUGCUUCAAAACCGAGCUCAGCCGCAUUUCCAUCGGCUGCUUCUCCUGGGAUUAGUAUCAAUUUUGCUGGAUCUGCUGCUUCCACCCAGAAUUCUGUUCAGGGAUCAGGUGUUGGUGGUGAUCCAAUGGACAUGUUUUUCACCGGGACUCCCUCGUCCACGGUUGGAGGUGCUGCUGCGGCCUCUGAUGGAUUUGGAGGACAGGAUGAUUGGGGUUUGGAUUCGGAGUUUGGUGGGGCAGGCCAUGAUGUGGGUGGCACCACUACUGAGCUUGAGGGGCUGCCUCCUCCUCCUGCUGGGGUGUCUGGUUCCACUGCCAAAAGCAAGGGGAUGGACAAUUACAAGCAGGGACAGUUUGCUGAUGCUAUUAAGUGGCUUUCAUGGGCCAUUGUUCUUCUAGAGAAAGCUGGGGAUGAUGCCACCACAAUCGAGGUUUUGUCAUGCAGGGCUUCAUGUUACAAAGAAGUUGGGGAGUAUAAAAAGGCAGUGGCAGAUUGUACAAAGGUUCUUCAAAAUGAUGAAACCAAUGUAUCUGUCCUGGUACAGCGUGCUCUCUUGUACGAGAGUAUGGAAAAGUACAAACUUGGUGCCGAAGAUCUUAGGACUGUGCUGAAGAUUGAUCCUAGUAAUAGGGUUGCUAGAAGCACCGUUCACCGGUUGGCUAAGAUGGCGGAGUAG